AUGCCUCCUAUCCGUACAGCCCGAAACCGCAAACCACCACCAGCUGGCUUCGAAGACUUAGAAGAUACCUUACUGGAAUUCAGUAAUAAGAUGAAAGAUGCUGAGAAUGAGCCUCAUGAGGGAAAGAAGAAGUAUGAGGUUCUUUGGCCGAUUUUUCAAAUUAGCCAUCAACGCUCCCGAUACAUCUACGAUCUCUAUUAUGAGAAAGAAGCUAUCUCGAAACAUUUAUAUGACUGGUUAUUGAAGAAUAAAUAUGCCGAUGCGAAUCUGAUUGCGAAGUGGAAGAAGCAGGGCUAUGAGAAGUUAUGCUGUCUUCGAUGCGUUCAGACGAAAGAGACAAAUUUCAACUCUACCUGUAUCUGCCGUGUGCCCAAAGCCCAACUGAAAGAAGAUCAGAGCAUUCAGUGUGUUAGCUGUGGUUGUCACGGAUGCUCCAGCAGCGAUUAG